GUCGACAGCUUAGAAAUAUCCAAAAAGUACCUCAAAGUUUUGGUUGUUGCAGAAGAAUUAAGCUCACAAGCUAAACAAAUGAUUGAGAAAUCUCCGCAAAAAGCCCUCAUACCAUACACUCAACUUGCACAUCUUUCGCAUGAUAUCAAAUCUAAGAGCAUGGAGGCUGGGCACGUUGUAACCCAUUUGGAUAUAUUUCUGCAACAGAGCAAGGAUGCCCUCUGGGAUGAGAUGAAAA